UUAACCCCUUCCGCCGGAACUCUUCCUUCUCCUCCAGCGAACUUUUUGUUAUCUGAGAAGAUAUGAAAUAUAGCUUUGUUUGAUAUAGGUGAACAGAGUAUGGGAUCCAAAGAAUGCGCAAGAAUACUUGGGCCGUGCACAAACCACCAUUGUGAUACCCCGUGCCCUGAUAUCUCAGACAGUGAUCGGGCAUGCAAAAAUUAUUUUUCUGGACAUAAUGCAAGUGGUCUCUGUGACCCCCAAGUAAGAUAUAAUUGUAUGUGCCGAUAUGAUUACCCUUGUGUACCGCCUGGUAUGUGAUUUAUGUACUGUAUCAACUUUAUCCAAAUAUUUAAGUACAAAUAAAAGCAUAAAGUAAUGUCAAGUUCCCAUAGCGCACACUGUGCUGCAAUGAUUAACAUUUAGAAAUUAACUAUCAAAGAGUACAUCAAAUUGAUCAAAAGAGGAAGUAGAAAAAGCUUGUAUCCUUCUCUGUUUUGGUUGAAAACAGAAUAUAACAACCUUUCAACAGGAGGUCGUUUUCAUCAUCUCAAUCCCAACUUAACCAAGACGAACAGGUCAAUUCUUCCGGUUACCAGGCGAUUCCAAUUAAAGCUGAUAUGGUCGUUACCAAAGACGAGCCAUAGAUCUUAUGUAUACACGUGGGUUUCUCAUGGUCCUUUAAAAUCGCAAUGGACAAUCACAAUAUUUUAGAUGAUAAAAAGAUAAUAAAAGCAUUCGGUUAGUAACUUCAUUGAAGUUUUCCGGUGGAAUGACUUGGUCAGAUCUAAGAAGUCAAAACCCAAUUCGUCCAGUGACAUGCGAUAGCUUAUACGCGCAUACAAUUUGAUUAUGACGUGGACGACCUAAACAAAAAGUCAAAAUAUCCAAUCUGUUGACCGUUAACGCCUUUUAAACCAAACUCGAAUUUAUGUCCGUACGUAGACGAGAUCUUGAUUGUCCGAUUCUGAUUGAUUGAAAUCAAUGAACGCUUCACAAAUCAACGUUGCCUCCGAUCGAUUCUGCUCUCUAGAACAAGGUAAAAGGCGUAUAUAACCAUUACUUCAGUGGAAAAUUAAGCUAUAUAUGCUUGUAGUUUUUGGAUUAGAUAAUUCAAUUUUUAUUUGAGUUGCUUAGAUGAACUGUAACAGCAUUUAGUUGAUAUGGAUAUAGAGGAACUUGAAUUAUUUUCAAAUUCAGUGUUGAUUAAUAUUAAAUUAGAAGAAACCCGUACCAAUAUGACUUGAUGAUUAUGAUGGAAACGGCACAGUCUAUGGUGUUCAUUUGGUUGGUAAAUCCAGAUGAUUCUUUGGAUCACUAACACAUGUUUCAGUAGAUGCUGUUGAUAUGACAUUGGUGGAUCAUGAAGAUGCAUGUAGAGAUGCGAGUUGUGAGAAACAUAAGUUCUCUAGGGAGCAGAGAAAGCUUAUCCAAGUGAUGAAUGUGAAGAGGAAAAGAGACUUUCUUUGCUUGGAGAAAGUUAACGGCGAGAUGGUUAACAUACUGGAGGGACUCGAAUUGCAUACCGAUGUUUUUAAUGCAGCGGAACAGCAAAAGAUAGUUGAUAAAGUGUGUGAGCUACAAGAAAAGGCACGUAAAGGAGAACUAAAGCGUGCAUUUACUCCUAAAGGAAAAGGACGUUCAGCUAUUCAAUUCGGUUGUUGUUUCAACUACCGAACAAGUAAAGCUGGAACCCCGGCUGGGAUUCUUAGACAUGAAACUGUUGAACCAUUACCUGCUCUUUUCAAAGUGAUCAUUAGAAGGUUGGUUGAAUGGCAUGUUCUGCCUCCAACUUGUGUACCUGAUUGUUGUGUCGUCAACAUCUAUGAUGAAGGUGAUUGCAUACCUCCUCAUGUCGAUAAUCACGACUUUCUUCGUCCAUUCUGCACCGUUUCUUUCCUUAGUGAAAGCAAUAUCCUCUUCGGAUCAAACCUAAAACUUGAGGAAAACGGUGAAUAUUCCGGUGGUUCAUACUCAUUACCGCUUCCAGUUGGAUCAGUGCUUGUGUUAAACGGCAAUGGAGCUAAUGUAGCUAAGCAUUGUGUACCUGAAGUUCCCACAAAAAGAAUAUCAAUUACAUUUAGAAAAAUGAACGAGUCAAAACGUCCAAUCUGGUUCACACCAGAGCCUGAUCUGCAAUGGAUACAGCCAUUGCCAUUCGAGCAGGAAUCGUCUAGUUCAUCUGACCAUGUUUAUUAGUUUCUGAAAAUGUGCAACUUUAAGUAAAUUUCAGUUUGAUUUGUGGUUAUAUAUA